AUGAGUAACCGAUCGUCAUCUUACAGAUACGUCCAACUGUUCGUGGAGAAACAAAUCAAGCAUCUAAAGGAAGAUGUUGUGUCGCUGGAGCAACUACAAGCGUUGGUGAACGAAGGGGUUAUCACUGAGAAAGUCGCUAUAAAGAUCCAACGCAAACUAAAUGAAUAUAUACGACGAGAAGUAACCGCAAGGUAUAGAGCACAGGAGAAGCAUUUGGUGGUUGAACAAGUAUGCAAAUUAGAACAUGAGCAUGCCCUUUUGGCAUCUACUCAACUCGCUGAGGCUGAGAACGCGUUGGGUCCACUUAGUUUACCUGAUUUCGAUCGGGUUGCAGUUGACGCCGAUAUCAUUCAGGAAUUUGCAAACAUUGUGGAUGAGCUACCGAAGCGAGAGUAUUUGCAAACGGCAUCGACGAUUGAAUAUACAGAUGUGCUUAAUCGAUAUGAACAACUACGAGAUGAUUUGGUGGCAUUGAGAGAUCUGUGGCUGUAUAAAACAGAAAAAUUGGAAUAUCUAAGAAACCUUCGUCGAGCCAUACGGGCUUCGUUGGACUAUGGAGAUGAUUUAGGAGGCUCGGAAGGUGCUUCCAACUAUUUAUAUGAUAGCAAUGAAGACAUGAGUGAUAAUGAACCAGCGGAGGUUCGAACUAGGGAGGAAAUUCAAAGUGAAAUCCACCAGUUUGAAUCAUUAAUACAAUCAAAAAUAUAUCAGAGGAAAUAG